UAUGUGUUCACAGAGGCCGGUGAUCUGUCCUCCUUUUUCAAGAUGUCGGUGUUCGGGCCAGUGGUGAAAAUUCACCCCGUCGUUCUCGCUUCUAUCUGCGAUUCAUACGAACGGAGAAAUGAGGGAGCGAGUCGUGUGAUCGGGACUCUUUUGGGUACCAUCGACAAACACUCUAUUGAGGUGACCAACUGCUUCUCAGUCCCUCACAAUGAGUCUGAAGAUGAGGUUGCCGUGGACAUGGAGUUUGCCAAGAACAUGUAUGAGCUUCACAAGAGGGUAUCUCCCACUGAGGUCAUCAUUGGAUGGUAUGCCACAGGCUUUGACAUCACAGAGCACUCAGUGCUCAUCCACGAGUAUUACAGCCGCGAGGCCUCCAACCCCAUUCACCUGACCGUGGACUCGGCGCUGCAGAGCGGCAAAAUGAACAUCCGUGCCUACGUCAGUGCGCAGAUGGGUGUGCCAGGAAAAACAGUUGGUGUGAUGUUCACCCCACUGACUGUCAAGUACGUCUACUAUGACACAGAGAGGAUAGGCGUGGAUCUUCUCCAGAGGACACGUGUGACCCCCAGUCGCACCAAGGGUUUGACCUCUGACCUUUCCCAGGUGGCUGGUUCUGCAGCCAGGGUACAGGACAUGCUGACCACUGUGCUGGCUUACAUCGAGGAUGUGCUAUCUGGCAAAGUGACUGCAGAUAACAGCGUGGGCCGCUUCCUGAUGGAUCUGGUCAACAAGGUGCCCACCAUCUCAGCCGAGGACUUUGAGAACAUGCUCAACUCCAACAUCAACGACCUGUUGAUGGUGACCUACCUGUCCAACCUCACCCAAGCACAGAUCGCUCUGAACGAGAAGCUGGUGCUGCUCUGAGGAGGAUUCCUUUCAAGUGAUUCAUAUUUAAUUUUUGUACUUUUUUUUUUUUUUGGCUGAGAUGAAUAAAGAUGUUAAACAGUCACACAGCUUCCGUUCCUGUUCAGGUUUCCGGCACCGUCCUCAGUGGUAUUAUAAUUACAAGUAAUGCAAUUUGGUUUCUCACAAAUGGAUAAUGAAUGUUGCAGGAAGGAGUAUGCCGCUAAUUUAAGGUCUGGCUUUUUAAAUUUAUGUUCAUGAACCAAUCGUUAGACAGCUGGAGUUGGCUGCUGUUAAUGACGCAUGGAAUAAUAUUUGACUUUGGAAUGAAGUAACCUGCAAUUUUCUCAGCUUAUCAAGUAUUUAGUGAUUUAAAAAGUCAAACUGAUCAAGAGAACAUGCAGAUAUUCAGAAAAAAGUAGUCAUUUUUGAUCGGUGUUGCACCUCAUAGUAAUUACAAUGAUAUUUAAUUUGAAGGAAACACUUUUUCUCAGUCUGAAUGACAUAUCCAGCCAUGUUCUCAGCUGAUGAAGAGUAAAAAGCCACAACAUGUUUGCUAAAAAAACAAACAUAUUUUGAUAAAUUCAGUCAUUUUUGAUCCGUGGUGCAGUUUGACAUGAUACAUGAAACUGUUUCUUAAAAUGUAUGAAAUAAGCAGCAUUUUAUUUAGUUAAGUAUUUAAAAAGCCUGAAAAUGAGUCCAAAACAAAGAUAUUCUGAAUAAUGUUGUCAUUUUUGAUACAUGUUACAACUACAAUGUUUGGGGGAAACGGUUUUUUCUUAAAAGCAAUGAAACAACUAGCGAUUUUUCUCAGCUGUUUAAGUAUUAAACAAGAUAGAAAAUGUGUGAUCAAGUGUCCAAAACGCAGAAAUUCUGAAAAAUGUAGUCAUUUUUUUGCUUUGUGUUGCAGCUUGUUGUGAAAGUUUAAACAAUAUUAAAUUAUAGGGGAAGUUUUUUGGAAUAUGAAUGAAAUAUCCUGCAAUUUUCUCACCAAAUCAAGUGUUAAAAAGUCAGAAGAUGUCUAAUCAAGACUCCAAAAAAAAAGAUAUGAGAAAUUUGGUCAUUUCUUGUAUCAGUAAAGCAGCUUGGCAUGAUAAUUGAUUUAAUGGAAACCGUCAUUGUGAAUGAAAUAGCACUUUUCUCAGUUGUUUGAACAUUAAAAAAGCUGGAAAAUGUG